AUGGGUCCAAGAUGGUCACAUAUCAAAAAAAUUGACAACAAUCAGUGUGCAUUGCCUGAUUUGGUUUUGCAAAAGAUACUUGAAUAUCUAAAUCAUUGUUACGAGCCAGAGACAAAGCUAUCACCAAAAACUACAGUUACAUCAGCAAGAUACCUCAAACUUGGAUUGCCAUCUAAAAUUGCACUUGAAAAGUUAGAGUUGAUUUUCGACACCACCAUACAACCUGAUUUCACACUGUGGACACUCUUCUACCGUCCUAAACCAGCCAACACCAAGAACAACAGACAAUGGUUACCAAACAAUCAAAUUUCACUCACCAAAUACUUUACAAACUUGAAAACUAUUAAAAUCUAUAGAAUUCAAACGGCUUCCAUCCGAAUGGAAUCGUUAUUAUCAACAAUUCCUACACUUACGAAACUCAGUAUAUAUCCAUCACAUGACCGACAUCAGUGUGUAGGUGGAUUAGAACAACUACUUCAUAGUUGCACAAACAUUGUACGAUUCACAUAUAUGCAAGAGGCAGCUGAAUAUCCAGUUCCAUUCAACUUUCCUUGUACAUUAAACAAAGUUAAAACCACAGCAAUGUUCAUGCCAACCUUGCCAAUGAUGAACCUAACUAAACUUCAUUACAGCAUGAACCAACCUCCAAGAUCAAAUGCUAUUGUUGCAAGAUCAAAGUUCACCGGUCAAUUCGUUAACUUCUUGCCAAACCUUGUAGAUCUCACACUUGUCAAUACAUACGCACCUGUUUAUGGUCCAUUCCUUGCUAGAUUACAACACCUCAGAUAUUUAACGAUCAAAGGAGUCUCUAUCUUCAAGUCAAACGAUGUAGAUCACUACAAUGAAAGUAAAAAGGUUCAACAACAAAGUGGUGGUUAUGAUGAUGAUGAUAUAGCUACUACUCCUACUACACCGAAUGAUAUAUUCGUAGAGACGUUAAUUAAAGAUUUGGAUUCAAUUACCGACCGACUUAUUCAACUUAAACUUAAAGAUCUAGAUUUCGACAGUGAAUCAUUGUGGACAGUGUUAAACAGGAUGGAUUUAUUGCAAAGACUUUCAUUAGAUACAUCUAAUCCAGAUAAUAACUAUGUACUUCAAUUGAUUCCUCAUCUCGAAUUGUCAAUGCCAUCACUUAGACAUGUGACAUUCAACGUUAAUUUUGACACAGAGUGGAUAACAAGAUUGCAUGACUUUUUGAUUGGUAACGAUACACUCACUUCACUCAGCAUUGCCAAUAUCGAUCAUCUUCAACAAACAGAUAUUCACUCUGAUCACAUAACAGUAAUACCAAAACAACAUCCAAGUUCACAAAACAAUCCUAUUCGUAAUAUCAAAGAAAAGGUUAUACUAAAUGAACAGUCGAGAACGCCAAUAACAAAACAAUUAAUUGAUGACGGUGUCUCUCCAGAUAUACAUAAUUAUCUAUAUCUAGUUGUUUCUAGAGAAGUUUAA